UCAUUGAAUAACUACAACAAACAUGCCGAUCGUUAGAUAAUUGAUUUUUCCUUGCCUUUGCGGUUGUUUAUUUUAUUACGCAUUUUACGUAGAAUUAGUAAUAGUUUUAUGGUUAUUUUAGUUACAAAAAUAUGCCAAUUAAUUCAUCGUAUAUCAAUUGAAAGCCGUGGACCGUGAUCAGCGCUGGAACAGUGUUUGAGAUAAAAAGUUUGCCUCUUUAAUGCCACCUAUGUUCAAUACCAUUGUUCCUUGAAUCCUGCAAACAUGACUGAUGUUGAUAUAAAAAACGAAAACGCAACCACCGAAAUAAAAAUCGAAAUCGUGGAUCAUCAUCCAAACGCCGAUGGCUCCAGUGAAAAUAUCACCGACUUACAAAAUUACCUGCAGACUUUCAAUAAAGAAAUUCUCACAGUCCAAGCCGAAUCUGGUCAAGCUGAUGGCCAGUCCCAGCCUAAUGCGAAUGAGACAGCAAACACCACGUACUAUGUCACAGAAACAGGAGAAUAUUUCUAUCAAGCUGAUACAGUCAAUGGACAAGUCAUGACUGUUAUAACUGACGAUAAAAAUCCUGAAGUUCAAACCACAAGAACAGUUACAAUCGACAACCAUGAAAAAUCAAACUCUGAGAGUAACGAAAACAGUGCCGCCUCUGAUGGUCAAAGCAAAGUCGUUAGUGACCUAUCCCAAUCCAGUCAUAUUCUUCUGGGAGAAGAUUCCUACCAAACAGUUACCAUUGUACCGACUGAAACUAAUCCUGGCGAAGUGAGUUAUGUAUUAAUUGUACAGCAGCCCGAAGAAGGAGAAAAGGAAAAGGAAGAUGGAGAAGAAGGAGACGAUCAAGAUCUUACGAUUUACGAUUUCGAAGAUGCGGAUGAUCCCGAAGCCAAUGCUACAGCGGAUUCUUCUGAAGAAGACGAUAAAUCAAAAAUUAUGAAAAUCGUUGCGAGGAAAUCACAAAGCGUAUCUCAAGCUCAUAUGUGUAAUUAUUGUAACUACACCAGUCCCAAAAAGUAUUUACUAUCGAGACACAUGAAAUCGCAUUCCGAAGAACGACCUCAUAAAUGUAGUGUUUGUGAUCGUGGAUUCAAAACUAUAGCUUCGUUGCAGAAUCACGUUAAUACUCAUACUGGCACCAAACCGCAUCACUGCAAACAUUGUCCCAGUGCUUUUACUACUUCAGGGGAACUUGUACGUCACGUUCGUUACAAACAUACUCAUGAAAAACCUCAUAAGUGUUCAAUUUGUGAUUACGCCAGUGUUGAAUUGAGUAAAAUGAGAAACCAUAUGAGGUGUCAUACUGGAGAACGUCCAUACCAGUGCCAACAUUGUACAUACGCUAGCCCAGAUUCGUUUAAACUGAAACGUCAUCUGCGUAUUCACACCGGUGAAAGACCGUACGAGUGUGAUAUCUGUCAUUCAAGGUUUACCCAGUCAAAUAGUCUUAAAGCCCAUAAAUUGAUUCAUAGUGAUGAAAAUGAUAAACCGGUGUUUAAAUGUGACCAAUGCCCAGCUACUUGCAGUCGUAAAACGGAUCUACGAAUUCACGUUCAAAAGUUGCAUACUUCCGAUCGAUUAUUUAAUUGCCGCAGAUGUGGUAAAAAUUUCCCCGAUCGAUAUACUUACAAAAUGCACAAUAAAACUCACGAAGGAGAAAAAUGUUGGAAAUGUGACCUGUGUCCUUACGCUUCGGUGUCUCAUCGCCAUUUAGAGUCGCACAUGUUAAUUCACACCGAUCAGAAGCCAUUCCGUUGCUCUUUAUGCGACCAAUGUUUCAGACAAAAACAACUUCUAAAACGUCACCAAAAUCUAUACCACGAUCCCACCUACGUACCUCCAGCUCCUAAAGAAAAAACUCACGAGUGUCCCGAAUGUAAACGCUCUUUCCGUCACAAGGGUAAUCUUAUUCGUCACAUGUGUAUGCAUGAUCCGGAAUCCGAAGCCGUUCAAACAGCGAGCGCUUUGAAAAUGGGACGACAGAAAAAAAUACAAGUUGUAAACGGAGAAGAAAUAAAAAUCAUUUCGACCGAAGAGGAGAUCGAAUUGAAAGAUGAAAUCAUUGAGAAUGACGCUAAAUUAUUGAAAAGUGAUUUGGGAAGUCAGCUGAUCGAAGGAGCUGAUGGACAGCACUACGUUGUUUUAGAAGUUAUCCAGUUGCAAGGUGGUGACGGAGAGCAAGCGGUGGCCGUUGUGUCUGAAGGGGAUUUCCAAGGUGGUACUUUGACCCUAGAGAAUGCUGAUGCCAGUCAGUUCAUCACUCCGGAUUAUGUGGAAAAGCAUGAUACUAAAACUGUGCAGAAAAUAACGAAAAAUGUCGUCGUCGAUUCGACCAGCGAUGUACAGAAUUGUUUCGGUUUCGAUGACGAAGAAGAAGAAAUGGAGAGUUAAGCUGCUUUCAUUGAUAGUGACAUCUCUUGGUAUUGGAGUACAAAUGUAAUUUUAUACGCUUUUGUUUUAAUUUUUGUUUUUUUUUUGUUCACAUGUCGAGUUUUGCCCCUUUUUUAUUCCAAUCUAAUGUAAGAAUACGUUUGAAACGUAUUGUGAUUUGAAAAUGUUAAUUGUAUUACUGUCAAGUACUGGUUUUACUAUCCAGUUGGCGAUGGAAAUGUUCAUUUGAGGGGUAUUUUUAUUCUGAUGACUUGAGUUCGAAUAUUUUAAAUAUUGUUAUGUACAUGGAAAAAGUACAUUAUUAUCGAACAGUUUGUACGUAGAUAUCUUAUAAUGUAACGCCUAGUGCGAAACUUAUGUUCAUAGUGUUCCUUCGUCUACAUAGAAGUUCCUUGAGUAGCUGUAAACCUCGAGGAGUUCUCCAUCAGUUUCAGUAUGCGUAUAUGAUUUUGAAAAAUGGUUCUUACCAACUAGUAUUUUAUCGACGAAAAUCAAAUCUCGUAAAAACUUCGUUCCGUUUACAAAAUCGGUCGUGCACUUGUAAACAUACCUUACAAUGUUCCAUUGAAAUUUGUCGAAGCGUUGAAAAAAAGUCAUUUUUUAAUUUUUAAUGACCUCCCAUUACUAUUUUUUUUCUUUUUUUUCACUUGAAAGAAUAAACUUUUGGUUUGAAGAGGCUACGUUAACGUCUAAAGCUUGCUGUUAAAUAUCACCGCAACUUUUACCUUAUGCCCGACAAGUGUACCAAAAAAUGAUUUUUUUUAUACUUUUGAUUAUUAUUAUUUUGAUAUGAAAAUAAGUCGCGUUGUUUCAUUAUGUACUAGUAAGUAGUAUUUAGCUGCAAUUCGUAUGAAUUUUUAUUAUGAACAUGGUGUGUGUUUGUUGUAAUUUAAAUUAUUAUAGUUUCACCAUGUUGCAUAA